AUGAAGAUACGACUCCUAUUUAAUCACGCCAUCACUUGCAUUGGUAAAAAAUAUCUGAAAACAACAAGAAGUAGUCAAAUAUCAAAUAUGGAUCUCUUCUUGAUUAUAGCCGCCGUGGUAGCCGCCAUAGUAGCCUUCUUAUUCCUCUAUAAAACCACCAGGAAAUCUCUCCGGCUGCCUCCCGGCCCAAGAGGUCUUCCAAUAAUUGGAAACCUCCAUCAGAUGGAGAAAUUCAAUCCUCAACACUUCCUUUUCCGCCUCUCCAAGCUUUAUGGCCCAAUCUUUACAAUGAAAAUGGGAAGCCGUCGCCUGGUGGUGAUCUCCUCCGCUGAGCUAGCCAUGGAGCUCCUCAAAACCCAAGACCUCAAUUUCACUGCUCGUCCUCUCCUGAAAGGGCAACAAACGAUGUCAUAUCAAGGCCGUGAUCUUGGUUUUGGACAGUACACAGCGUACUACCGUGAGAUGAGGAAGAUAUGUAUGGUGAAACUCUUCAGCCCAAACCGAGUAGCAAGUUUCCGACCCGUUAGAGAAGAAGAGUGCCAACGGAUGAUGGACAAGAUUUACAAAGCCGUCGAACAAUCAAGGGCCGUUGAUUUAAGUGAGCUUCUCUUGUCCUUCACUAACUGUGUUGUCUGUAGACAAGCUUUUGGGAAGCGCUACAACGAGUAUGGGACCGAGAUGAAGAGAUUCAUUAGCAUCUUAUACGAGACUCAAGCUCUUUUGGGCACUCUAUUUUUCUCCGACCUUUUCCCUUAUUUUGGAUUUCUUGACAACCUCACUGGUCUCAGUGCACGUCUCAAGAAAGCUUUCAAGGAGCUCGAUGCUUACCUUCAAGAACUCCUCGAUGAGACUCUUGAUCCUAACCGCCCUAAACCCGAGAGAGAGAGUUUCAUUGAUCUUUUGAUGGUGAUCCACAAAGACCAACCUUUCUCCGUCAAAUUCACCCACGAAAAUGUCAAGGCCAUGAUAUUUGAUAUUGUUGUGCCGGGAACAGACACGGCGGCUGCGGUGGUGGUAUGGGCCAUGACUUACCUCAUUAAGUACCCUGAAGUGAUGAAGAAAGCUCAAGAAGAAGUGAGGAAUGUGGUAAGCGACAAAGGAUUUGUCACGGAAGAAGACAUACCUAAUCUCCCUUAUCUAAAGGCCGUUAUCAAGGAGUCUCUCCGGCUCGAACCAGUCAUCCCCAUUCUUUUACACAGAGAAACCAUUGCAGAUGCAAAGAUCGGUGGCUAUGAUAUUCAGGCGAAGACCAUCAUUCAGGUGAACACGUGGGCAGUUUCUCGUGACACAGCCGCAUGGGGAGACAAGCCUAAUGAAUUCAUUCCAGAGAGGUUCAUGAACGAGUACAAAGGAGUUGACUUCAAGGGGCAAGAUUUUGAGCUCCUACCUUUCGGUUCAGGCCGGAGAAUGUGCCCGGCGAUGCAUCUUGGGGUCGCAACUGUAGAGAUUCCUUUAGCUAACCUUCUCUACAGAUUCGACUGGAGUUUACCUAAAGGGAUAAAACCGGAAGAUAUAAAGAUGGACGUCAUGACAGGACUCGCUAUGCACAAGAAAGACCACCUUGUCCUUGAACCAAGGACCAACAUUUGAUCAAGCACGAUUGACAAUGGCUGUUUUUCAGUGAACGACAACAUUUUCAUUUUAAUGUGUUAACUAAUAAUGUAUUUUCAUAUGUCCCUCCGUUUUCAUUUGUCUCUUUGUCGCUUGUUUCUAACACGG